AUGGGUAAACCAACGUAUACUAUUGAUAGAGAAUGCGAAGAGUUAGCCAGCCCUAGCUUCGGACGGGUUACCUUGAGAGGGUUGUUGUUUAGUGAUAAGGCGAAUUAUACUUGCGAACUCGGCUAUACCCUGGUGGGACCUAAGCAGAGGACAUGCCAAGCUGAUGGCACCUGGUCAGGAAACACGCCUACCUGUAAACAGAGCAGUUUUUGCACUAAACCUCCAGUGAUUGGAAAUGCCCGUCAUAAUGCUCGUCCUGAGCAAAAUGCUUUCGAUGUGGACGAGACGAUUCAAUACCAGUGUGCGACUGGUUACGUCACCAAUGGUUUCCCUGCAGCCAAAUGCCUGGCAGUGGAAGGAACUGCUUCUUGGUUCGGGCCGGAUAUAUCGUGCGAGCCCAGAACAUGCGGUACACCCCAUGAAAUCUCCAACGGCUGGCACACCGGCGACUGUUUCACGUUCAACUGUCGAGUCAACUACCACUGCGAAGAAGGAUACGAACUGGUAGGCAGACCAGAGCGAACAUGUCAAUCAGACGGCCUCUGGACUCCCAAAGAAUUACCGUCUUGCGUGCCCGUACAGUGCCCCACACCUGAAAAUCCGCUAUUUGGGACGGCGAUAUUUACCUCGACGUCGUAUAAUUCGGUUGUAUCGUACGAAUGCAAGUACGGAUAUAUGCUGGUCGGAGAACGGACUCGAAGAUGCGGAGCUGAUAAGAAAUGGACGGCGGCUACUCCUAAAUGCCAAGGUAUCCACGUCGAUGCGACGCAAUGGAAAAGUUUAUGCAGUAUAAUUUGUUAA